AUGGGUGCCUUCACGAAUGAUAACUCCAUUGAAGGAGAAAUCUUUAUCCAACGGCUAUCGACGUACAUCCGACGCAAUGAAGAAUCUUUGGCAAAUGGGCUUCUUUGUUUUUCCAAAAACAGACCUAUAUCGAAUGCCAAUGGCAAGCAAAUCAAACCCUUGAGGCUCUCGUUUACUAUCCACCAUUUGUAUUAUAUUCUGGAGAGAAUCGAGUCUUCCACGCUCGGUGUGGACGUCGGGCCUUUGAACAUUAAAUUGGACAACCCAAACCAUGAGCCUACCUUUAUUUCCUUCAUGGCAAACAAUGCCAGGCUGUCAAGACACUUUGAGAGUGAUACCAAAUCCAUCUCAUCUAUUAAUUCAAUGAAGAGUAUAGUAAGCAGUGCCUCCAUGUACUGGAGAUCUGUGGGGUUCAGUAAAGACCCCAAAGUCAUCAAUAAAGACCUUAAAUACAUGUACAGCUCAUUCACUAAGAUACCCUGCUUGAUCUUGAGCCCAAAAACCAAGAUGAACAGUAUCAGCGGAUACGAGGAGUACCCCUGUGAUACUUCAGUGCCCUUAAACAUGUUCAAGAACUUACAGGUUCUAGAAAUUAUAGACUAUGAACCUAAUGAAAUCUUUGGGUGGCAUAUUUUGAGUGAACAGUUGAGAAUUUUGAUCAUCAAGAAUAGUAAGAUCAGUAGCUUGGGCGAAGUUAUAUUCAAUUUAGUGAUUGAUGAUGAAAGUGGUAGGCUGAGCUUCAGUCAUUACAAACAACAGCAAAGUUCUGUAAACUUGAAUGGGAUAUUGGCAGGACUGCUGCCCAAUGUGGCAAAUAGUGGGUUCACCCAUCUGCAUAGGAAGACCGAGUCAUCUGUCUUCCUUGAAAAUGAUUCGGAAGAUAAUGUAUUUAAGUAUCCAAAACGUGAGAGAGCGUCAACUUAUUCUUCAUUUACGCAUCCAAACUCAAAUUCUUCCACCGCCCCUGCUGUCGCAGCUAAGGACUAUCAUUCUCUUUCGGACAAUAAGUGGGCAUUCCUCAAACAAUUGACCAUAUCAGAAGCAUCCAUAACUACCAUUCCAGCAUAUAUUUUCAAGCCACUUUGUAACCUUGUGAAAUUGAAUUUAUCUAAUAAUUUAAUGGAGUCGAUUCCCGAAGGAUUGUCUCAAUUAACCAACCUUAAGUAUUUAAAUUUGGCCGACAACUUGCUCACCAGCCUCGAAGACUUACCAACUAACCUAAUUCAUUUGUCCACUUUGAAUUUAAAUAACAAUAAACUUGUAUCAUUACAAGGGUUCAAUAAUCUUGCAUCAUUGGAAAAAGUUGACUUGAGGAGAAAUAAGUUGAAAGAAUUCUCAAGCUUGAAACCAAUAGUGCUUCAAUUCAUUAAAAAUCCCGACAAAUUUAAUAAUGUAUACUUAGUCAACAACUUGCUUCCUAAAAAUUUCAGAAUAGAUCUCUUCAAUCUAUUCAAUGGGAUUAAAUACAAAAACAAUAUUAAGAUUGAUGACUCUAGACCUGGAUAUUUCGAAAGUGCAUUACUAUUAGAUUCAGAAUCUGCAUUCAAAGCAUUUGAAAAGUUUUUCGGAUUACAAUCAGCUGAAAAUACUCCAAAGCAGCAUAAGACAACCGCUUCCUUGCUUGUAAGCAAUGACGAAAUAAGUGGUUUAUUAUUGCCACUUAAGGGGCUAGAUUUAGAUACCCACAGCAUCACAUCGAGUAAUACAUCAAUUGCAAACAUUAACCCAAAUUCACCUUCCGCCAAAAAUAACAGCACUAAUAAUGGUAAUAAUUUUAAAAACACUAAUGCGACGAGCAAUAAUAAUAAUACUAAUAAUAAAUCGAAGACAUUGUCUCCCUUAAGUACAAAUCAAAACUUGACAAACCUACACCCAAGCUCAGAGAACAAUAAACUGCUAAAGCAACCGGGACCAUUAAUACAACCAAUAGUCCAAACUGCCAGCACAGAGUCACUAUCAGCACCUCCAUUUUUACAUACAUCAAGCUCUGGUUUGAUCAAAUCUCCUACAUUGGCACAGUUUGAUUUGGACGGUUCUAGUGCGACAAGCAAUAGCGCUGUACCAGGUGUGAUUACUCCUAUUCAAGUCACUACUAGAAUGAGUACUUAA